AUGUUAUUAUCGCUAUCUUCUUACGGCAUGUAUAAACUAGAACUUCGAGACGACGUGAGCGGAGGCUAUACGGCUUAUGAUGCAAGAUCACGCUAUGAAGCGCAGGUGGCUCGAGAGUUCUACGGUGCUAUAGAUGAUCCAAUGAUGACUUCGGUGUUGAUACUGGCGAAGGAUGGCGGUACGAUGCAUCGUAAAGAAUAUCUUGAUGAGGCUUUUUAUAUCAUCAAGAGUAUCCAAAACAUAACCAUGAAAUACGGCGAACGUCGUCUGAUCUAUGACAAAAUGUGCGAACCCCAUUGUUUUGGAGAUGAAGUUUUCAGCAUAUUCAAGGUAAUCAAACUCAUCCAAAUGGUUGACCAAAUAUCGAUUGGUAAUGCAUAUGAAGCGGCUAAUUUGACGGGCAUUAGAACAAGAUUUCUAAAUUUAUCCUAUCCGAUCGGUUAUCUUUUGGGUACUCCUGUUCCCUUUGAACAGUGUCUGUUUGGAGUUCGUCUGAGCAAUUCAAGUUUCGAAAAAGAUGUAAGCGGAUUUUUUUGUUUGCUCCGCAAUUUCUGCUUCAUUGAUGAUCCUCAUUCAACAAUAUUGCAGAUGAUUGUCGUAAGUCUGUAUGGGAAUAAGGAUACGGAGAAAAAGGCUGAUGAUUUCUUGUUAUGGGAGCUGGCUGCAUACGAAUACAGUCAUCAGUACAAUAAAGGACUUUACACGGAUGGAUCACUGGUCGAGUUCCUUGUAUGUUCAUUACUAGUUUCUUACCUUCAAUUUAAUAGUUUCGGUUUUAUGAUAUCCUUCGUAGCCUUUUGUGUAUUUUCAAGUGCAUUUUAUUAUCACGCUGUAGAUAAAGGGAAAAUAUUUGUAGGCAUUGGUGCCACACUAUGUCCCUUACUGGCCAUCACUUGCACCUAUGGUAUCGUGACGAUGUCAGGAUCUCGAGUUAAUUCGCUGCUCUUCGUGAUGCCAUUUCUUAUUUUUGGUGUUGGCGUCGACGCGGCAUUUUUGAUGGUUUAUUCAUGGCAGAAGCAGAUAAGGCACAACUACACUGUCCCAGAGAGGCUGAGUGUAGUUUACGAAGAAUGCGGCCCUAGCAUCGGUAUCGCCUCAGUCACGAACGUUCUUUCGUUUGGGAUCGGUGCGCUGACACCCACUCCAGAGAUACGUAUAUUCUGCCUUGGUACAGCGCUAUCGAUGGGCUUGACGUUUGUCUUUCAAGUGAUUCUGUUCGGUCCCAUUCUUGCGAUUGCAACGUCAUAUGAAAAGCCUUACGAUAUGCGAUAUAGUGAGAACAAAGGUUGGAGGAAAAAGGUGAAAACAUUGACUUUGAAUACUGUGCUGGAAACCGUUGUACGCAUUCAUUGCAAAAUAUUGAGCAAGAAAAUCCCCGCCGGGUUGAUUUUUGUGGUGCUAUUUAUUUACUGGUAUUUUGCAAUAACCGGUGUGAUCAAAAUGAAAAGUCGUCUGGAUGCAGCAAAGAUUUUACCGCUGGAUUCUCCUCUCCAUAGAGCAUACUCGCUCCUUGAAAAAUACGGUAUUUGCAGGUAUCCCGAUUUGAAUGUGACUGUAUAUGAAAAGGGAGCAAUGUUUGUCGAUCAGAUGUUGAGUUUGAGAAGAGUCACUAUCCAGACCGCUCUGCUCACCCUGCUUUCCAUGACUAUCGUAUGCUCUGUUUUCAUGCCUAACGUAUGCAGUGUUGUGACAGCAAGUAUAUCGAUUGCUUCGAUCAGUACUGGUGUGAUCGGCUUCAUGUCGCAAAUGUCGUUCGACCUCGAUCCGAUUCUGAUGGCAUGCCUUCUGAUGACAAUUGGAAUGAGCGUCGACUACAUUGCUCACAUUGCCUACCAUUUUCAGGUUGAUACCAAAAGCCAGAUUGAGAAAGGACGAAUUGUCGAAGUGCGGUUGGAAGGUCCUCAUCAACGUCUUGAAUAUACCAUACGAACAGUUGGAUGGCCAAUGAUCCAAGCCGGAUUGUCCACCGUCUGCUGUGUCUUUCCACUUACGUUUGUUCAGACCUACUCCGCUUCGGUUUUUACAACGUCACUCGCUCUGGUCGUGCUGUUCGGGAUUGUCCACGGUCUUAUAGUGAGGAACAAAGCUUUUUUAAUUCCGCAUUUUGAAAUUUUAUUUAAAAACCUGCAAUUUCUGAUAUUGGCUCCAUAUUUAGAUACUUCCUACGUUUCUGAUUCACCUACCAGAAAAGCUGACCCGGUGUUGUUGCUGUCGUAUGGGCCGGAGUCAGUCUGA